AUGCCAAGUGGAGUAACAAUCGAAAUUGACAUUGAUAAAAAGGAAUCAUAUACAAAUGUAACAUUAGCCACUGAUAAUAAACCUACUACAAAGGAUGGGACUGUACUAUAUGGAUACUGCAAGCGGAUAUACACAGUAGAUAAGAAAUAUAAGAUAGAAAAUAUCAAAAAGGGGCAUUCUGAACUAAAUGGGUUUAACGAUUUGAAUCUGUAUUCAAAUGUUUCGAUUUACUACUGGACAACUAAGGAUAAUCAGAUUUUCAUUAUUCAACUUGGAGAAGAUGAUUACUAUGACACUAAUGGUGGUACUGAGUGGAAUAAAUAUUCAUAUACAACCUCUCAUGCAUUUAUUAACGACCUUGAUGAAUGGAAUUGUCUACUAAAUAGUAUUCAUGUAGCGGAUAUUAGCCAAAAGAGUUCAAACCCAAGGAGCUCUUACAACUGUCCUUCUUGUGGUAGUUAUAGUCACAGGACUAUCAGGAUAAAUCGUAAUGCUUCCAAAGAGCAUACACACCAGUAUGUUCGGUAUAAUCAUGAGAUAGAAGAAGGUCAAUUUGGAACUGUUAGGAAUGACAAACAUACAAUACUUUCGGUACCUGAGGGUGUAAAUAGUCUCUAUGUGUACUGGUCUACAGGUACGAGUGCAACACGAAGGAUUUUGUGUUAUUCGAAUAAAGGAUCUUACAAAUGGUAUAGUAAAUAUCUUGGAGACACAGAAUGGACUGAAGAAAGUGCUCUUACUCAAGAUCCAGAUACUCUAGAAACUACUCCUGAGAAGAUCCAACAAGUUAUCCAAGGUUUUUCUACUCCUAAUGUGAUAAUAGAUCUAAAGCAGGAAACUGCUGAUUCUUACACCCCUAAGAACAAUGUCCUAAAUUUUAAAGUUGAGGUAACUGGGAAUCCUUCACAAUCUGGUUACUAUGAAUAUAAACAUUCAAUGGUUGGAGAGGGUACAUUCAAGGUCAAGAGCGUUGUACAUGGAGGAAAUAUAUUGGAUGGUAUAAAAUCAGAGAUUAUCAGCAGCAUAUCGGGGUUUUAUUUGGGAGCAGAACAAAAAUACGAUAAUCUCCUAAUUGUUAAGCUUACAAGUGGAACUGAAGAAAAAUACUACAAGAACCCUCAUGGAAGCAAUUGGAAUAUUGAUAAUUUUAUACAUCAGCCAAACCUAUUGACGCAUUUAGACUUACAGAACUGCAAACGUAACAAUGCACAUGUACCAGAUAUAUCAAAGGCUGGAUCUACUACUUAUCCCUGUUAUGCUUGCGAGGACAGUGGACAGACAGUCACCUUUUCUGCAUCUUCAAAUGAAGUGGAUGGAAAGUACAAGAAAGUAGUUCACACCAUAUCUAGUGCUGGUAGUAAUAAAAUUGGUGCUAUAGAUAAUAGUAAUAAACGUCAAUUUGGUAUUAAGAUCACUAGUAGUGUCACAUCGCUUACUGCAUUCCACUAUCCCCCUAAUAACGGAAGGCCUCUCUUGAUCUACCUUCCGGGAUUAUCCACCAGUUGGUAUAGAAGACAAGAUAAAAAUAGUAAUAGAUGGGAAGAAAUAGAAAAUAAUGCUCCAGAGAGUGACAAUGACGGUGCCAAGAUUCUUAAACUUUUGAAGAAAAUAAAUGGAGAUAAGGAAGGACCUUCUGGGGGAGAGAUAGCAGGUUAUAGUACUGCAGGUGUAAUGACUCCAUUGGCCACUGCUGAAGCAGUAAACUAUACACUUGACACUGGGUGGAGUAUAAUUAGAAGGGUAAUGGCUAUUUUUAAUGCUGCCAUAUAG